AUGACCUAUGGGCUGCUGUACAAGCACCAGAUCUGCAACCGUUGUAACAAACCAAUGUUAUUUGCUAUCACUAAGAAAACAAUUGAUGAAUGCUGGUGGAGGUGCGCCAAAAAGUCAUGCCGUCUCACCAAGAGAGUUCGAUGUGGAAGCUUCUUCAAAGAUAAACAUGUGCCACUUAAUAAAUGUAUUAUGAUCAUAUAUUAUUGGUCUCUAAAUGAUGUCAGCCAAGCAACAACAGAAGAAAUUCUCAAGGUAUCGAGCACUGGAGUUGUAAUGUCUUGGUUUGGUAUGCUCAGAGAUCUAUGCACAAGGUGGAUCAGGGAUCAUCCAAUCCAAAUUGGGGGUCAUGGACACACAGUACUAAUAGCCAAAAAUUUGAUCUCCCAUCGAAAACGAUCUCGAAAUGGAGUUGUUUUGCCACUAAAUGAAAAAUGGGUUUUCGGUGCCAUUGAUCAAGAUACGAAGGAAACAUUUCUUGUUGAAGUAUAUGAAACUAAUGCUGAGACAUCAUUGCCUAUUCUGUUGAAACAUUUAUUGCCAGGAACAACGGUUUGCAGCAAGGAUUGCAAUGAAUACAACAAGUUAAUGCGUGCAACUGAUAACCAAUCUAUUUUGUUUGUAGCUCCAACUGGUCCACGUAAAAACAUUGUAGAAAAUCUUUGGAGAUGUAUGACUGACAAGUUGAAGCGAAUGAGAGGAACAAGUGAUGCAAAUACUUUGUCUUAUCUGGAUGAGUUUUUAUGGCACAGACAAAGGCGAAAUGGUGACAGAAGUACUUGUUUUCAAAAAGCUUUAGAACUUAUUAGGACAUAUUACCCAUGUAGUUGA